CAAAUAAAAGCCAGCCAAAUCAUUGACAAUAAAAAAUCUGUAAAGAAUUUGUUCAGAUAAGUUUCUUCUUCUCUCUCCUAACAAACCCAACUACUUCAAAUUCCAAACCCUAACAACCAACCUCCUCUGUACAGGUGUGUAUACACAUAAGAUACAGAGUUUUUGAGAGAGAAAAUGGCGGAAAGCCCGAGAAAUUUGAGUAGAAAGGAUAGUUUCAUAGAGAAGAAUUGUUGAAGUUCUGUUCUUUGUUUUGUUAUAUUUUCAAUGCUCAUUCGGAUUCGAUUCUGUGAUUGAUCAUUAAUUUAUUCGAGACCCGUCAAUGAUUUCGAAUCCGAAUCAAAUCUUCUAUGCCUGCAUUGCCAAGGGAGCAACGAUUCUCGCCGAUUUCACCUCCAAUGAGCCUGGAAACGAGGAUUUAGCUCUGCAAUGCAUCGAGAAGACCCCGCCUUUCCACACCAUGUUCUCUCACACGGUUCGUAAACGAUCCUACACCUACUUAAUCGAUGAACCUUUUGUCUAUUUUACAAUUUAUGAUAAGGAUCUUGACAAAAUUGAUGCCUAUGAAUUCCUAAACCGCUUAAAAUCCGCUUUUGAGGAGGUGAGCCCAGAUGGGGCCAAUAAGGGAUUCAUCUCUCAUUGCUUUCAAUCACAGUUCAAUCCCAUUUUCAGGGAGAUUAUUGGGUUGGACUUAGAAUUCUUGAAUCAAACGACGAGUGGCAGAGAGAGUCGAAAUUCGAGCAUGGAUUCGAUGAAAGGGCAAGGCGCGGUGAGGGAUCCUUUGCUUGGAGGGAAGCCAAGUAAAAUAUCAAAGAAAAAAAAGAGAGUGUUUGGAGAUUCCAAUGGAGAUGUUAAGGAUGUUAUUGUUAUGGAGAAUAACAAGGUGGAUGUGGGUAUAGAUGGGAAUGGUAAUGCAGUUGUUUGUAGAGAUUUCUCUCCACCUCCAGCACACAGGAGUGGAAUUCACAUGGCCGGUGAUCGACAAAAGGCAAAGCAGGUCUGGAGGAAGCAUGUUUGGGUGGUUCUGAUAUUGGAUUUGGUUGUUUGUGCUAUUCUUUUUGGGAUUUGGUUAUGGGUUUGCAGGGGGUUCAAGUGCAUCGAUGGUUGAAUCAGGACUCAGGACGAAUGGUCUGGGAUGUUAGUGGGUUUAUUUCAAUUGAAAAUUUGCAAUUUGUCUUUGUAGACAACUAAAGAAUGAUAGAAUGAUGGAGAUUGUAAAAGUAAAUGUUGCUGAAUGCUGAUGGAUUCUCAAGUUUGUGUGCUGGUUUCUACUGAUUGCAGACAAACUCUCUUGGAAGGUAAGGACGUUAAGCAUUUGCCGUGUCGUGGAAAACCUGUAUAGUAUACAUAUUAAAUUGAUGCAGAUAAACUCUCUUGAAAGUUAAAUUUGGUUAAUGAGUGAAAGGGAGGGGGAUUUCAGUGGAUUUCCUUCUGGGAACUGGAUAAGCAACAGCAGCUAGUGUGACAUAGCAUUUUCACGUUUUCUAUGCUCCCAACACUUGAGAAAUAGAAAUUCAUGGUUUUCCCGGGGAAAUCUUUGUUUAUGGUUGUACUCUCCUCUGUUUACUUCUCCUGUGAAAAAAAAUCAUAUAUUGUCUAUUGUUCCUCAACAUGCAAAACUUCUUAAAUUUUAGUUAAAUUUAUGUGAUAUCA